AUGCGAAAGGUAUUGGAAUCCACUACGACUAGCCCUUGCACGCCAUACUUUGAGUUUCCUCAGCUGCUAGACUCGGCUGCGACAAGGCGUUCUCCUCACGUCCAGUCGACCCACGGCCUAGCAGACCGAAAUUCCAUGGCAGACAGGCCUCUAACACGAGUUUGCCAACAAUCUGACCGUGAAUCGUCGUACUACCAAAAUACGGAGGCUACCAGCAGCACAGACGAAAGCAGCGACGAUUGGCGGUCCCAGACCCCAAUUCAAUCCAAGUCCACCAGGUAA